ACCUGGACAACCCCAGAGGGCGAGGCUUCAGAGCAUCGCACUGAAUAUAUAAGGAGGUGACGAUGUUUGACACAACACCGCUCACUGCAGAUCCUCUAGGACAUCUCAGAUCUUCACAGCUAUCUUCACAGCCACGGAGAUGCUUUUCUCCGUCCUCCUUGUGUUGGGCGUCUGCCUGGUGCCUGCUCACUCCAAACAAGCAGAAGAAUAUCUUGGCACACCUCUCCUUCAGAGCUGUUUUGAGGAGGCAAAGAAAAUCGUGGAUGAUGCUUACACAUACUCCAGAGCUGAGAGUCUGAGACGAGUCCGCAAGGAGGUGGUGAGUCCUCACGAUACCCUUCGUUUAAUGAAGCAGCCUCGGGGUCAAACGCGCGUCGCUGUCAGAUCUGCAGACUACAUGGCUCAAACCCUCCGUCUGCUGCAGGAAAGGGCGCAUCAUGUGCACAAACGUUCGCUCAAUGCAACAGAUUUGCUCUCUAGAGAGGACCUGGAAAGGCUCGCUGAAAUAACUGGCUGUUCCGCUCAGAUCAGUUUCCCAAGCUGCGGCUUCACCCCAAACAUUAACAAGUAUCGUCAAAUCACCAGCAUCUGCAACAACCUAAAUAACCCCCGCCUCGGAGCCUCCAACACUCCCUUCACCCGCUGGCUACCGGCCCAUUAUGACGACGGCGUCUCCCAACCGAAAGGCUUCAACAACCAAACAAUAAACAACUUCUUGCUCCCACUGGUGCGACAGGUGUCCAACAACAUCCUAAGCACAACGGACGCAGGCGUGGUCAGUGACCCAGAGUUCACUCACAUGGUGACCUUGUUCGGGCAGUGGAACGACCAUGAUCUCACCUUCACGCCCUUCUCCCCCAGCAUCGUUUCCUUCAGCAACGGGGUGAACUGUGACGAAAGCUGUGAGCGUGUUGAGCCAUGCCUCCCCAUCCCGAUUCCUCCCGGUGACCCACGCUUGCCCUCCGGCCCGGACAGCUGUAUCCCUGCAUUUAGAUCCGCCCCUGUGUGUGGGACGGGAAACUCUGCCUUCAAUUUCGGCGGUGUUGCCAACAAGAGAGAGCAGAUUAAUGCCCUGACAGCCUUCCUGGAUCUCAGCCAGGUGUACGGCUCUGAGGACAAACUUGCUUUGUUUCUUCGCGACAACAGUAGUAAUUUGGGCCUGCUUCGCACAAAUACACAGUUCAGAGACAACAGGCGUGAACUGCUUCCCUUCAGCCCUCUAAAUGCGAAAAUGUGCGCCACCCGCGCAAGAGUCACCAAUGACACCAACGCCAGAGAGGUGCCCUGUUUUAUUGCAGGUGAUGUCCGCGUGGACGAGAACAUCGCCCUGACGUCUAUUCACACGCUGUUUAUGCGUGAGCAUAACCGUCUGGCUCGUGCACUGAAUAGAAUAAACCCACACUGGGACAGCGAGACCCUCUACCAAGAGGCCCGCAAGAUCAUGGGUGCUUACACACAGGUGUUUGUGUUCAGGGACUAUCUGCCACACAUUCUGGGCCCAGACGCGAUACGCAGUCAGAUCGGUACUUACCGUGGCUACAGUCCCAACGUUGACCCCAGCAUCUCAAACGUCUUUGCUACAGCAGCGUACCGCUUCGCCCACUUGGCCAUCCAGCCUGUCUUAGGCCGUCUGGAUGCAAACUAUAGGGAGAACACUCGGUUCCCCAGUGUCCCCUUGUUCAAGGCCUUCUUCACUCCCUGGAGAAUCGUCUUUGAAGGUGGCAUUGACCCCCUGCUCCGUGGUUUGAUCGGCCGUCCCGCUAAACUGAAUGUACAGAACCACAUGAUGGUGGACGCUCUGAGGGAGAGGUUGUUCCAGUUUGUGCAGCAUUUGGCUCUGGAUCUGGGGUCUCUCAACAUGGAGAGAGGACGUGACCACGGCUUGCCUGGCUACAACGCCUGGCGUAGAUGGUGCGGCCUGUCUCAGCCCAGGAACCAGGCGGAGCUCGCUCGCGUCUUGAACAACGCCGACUUGGCCCGCAGGCUACUGCAGCACUACGGUACCCCCGACAACAUCGAUGUCUGGAUGGGAGGUGUGGCAGAGCCGUUAGUCCCUGGUGGCCGUGUGGGACCUCUGUUCGUUUGCCUCAUCGCAAGACAGUUCAGGAACACCCGUCAGGGUGACAGGCUGUGGUACCAGAACCGGGGCGUCUUUACUCCAGCUCAGAGAAACGCUCUGGCAACUGCCUCCCUGUCCAGGAUCAUCUGUGACAACACAGGCAUCAACACUGUCCCAACUAACGUCUUCAACGUGCUCUCAAGGUCAAACCGGCUCGUCCGUUGCUCCUCCAUUCGAAGCCUGAACCUGAAUGCCUGGAGGGAGAGACUCUGCUCAGAGAACUCAGGCCCGGGUGAUAGCUGUAAUGAAGUCAGUGGAGCAGAGAAUGUGGAGCAAAUGGACCCAGAGGACCCAGAGGACCCCGAGGACCACGUGGACUUCCAGGGCCUCGAGGACAACGAGGUCCAGUAGGACCGCCUGGCCCGAGAGGCCCUCCUGGACAGCUGGCUAACAUCAGUGCCUCUCAGCCACAGUCUGCCUUCUCUGUCUUCUUGGGCGAAUACAACCCAUCCUUAGAGAAAAUCAUUCAUUUCCGGCAUGUCAUCGACAACCAACAGGAC